AUGCAAGGAGAUAAAAUGGAAUAUGGAGUGAAUGAGAAGGGAGAUGUCCUUUACAUAUUCUUUGAAACCAAGAAUUCAAUCACCAUGCAAGGAGAUAUUGGAGUUGCAAGAAGCAUCGAUAAGGGAGCAACCUGGCAACAGUUGGGUACUGCCCUUGAUGAAGACUGGCAUCUCUCUUAUCCCUACGUGUUCGACUACAAUGGGCAGAUCUACAUGAUGCCCGAGGGCAGUGAAAAUGGGGAUGUCCGUCUUUAUCGAGCGCUAAAUUUUCCUUUGCAGUGGACACUAGAGAAAAUCAUCAUGAAAAAGCCUCUUGUUGAUUCCUUUGUCAUUAGUCAUGACAGGAAGUAUUGGCUUUUUGGUUCGGAUCACAGUGGUAUCGGUACUAAGAAGAAUGGACAGCUGGAAAUCUGGUAUAGUAGCUCACCUCUUGGUCCUUGGAAACCACAUAAGAAGAAUCCUGUCUAUAACACAGACAAGAGCAUGGGGGCUCGCAAUGGAGGCAGACCAUUUGUUUAUAAGGGAAACCUAUAUCGUGUUGGUCAGGACUGUGGUGAGACCUAUGGGCGGCGAAUACGCGUCUUUAAAGUGGAAGUUCUCACCAUCAAUGAAUUCAAAGAAGUUGAAGUUCCCUUGGGCAUAGAAGAGCCAACAAAGGGUCGGAAGGCUUGGAAUGGUGCCCGCAACCAUCACUUUGAUGUGCAGCAGCUAAGUUCUGGAGACUGGAUUGCAGUGUUGGAUGGAGACCGAGUUCCCUCUGGAGAGGCAGUUCGUCAGUUUAUUCUUGGUUGUGCCUCAAUUAUAGCUGUUGCUGCACUUGUUCUACUUGUGGGUAUAUUACUGGGCGUUGUGAAGUGCUUAAUCCCUUUGAGCUGGUGCCCUCACAACAUGGUAAAGAGAAGUGAUGCUAUCUUUGAUUGGGAGAAGUCGAACUUCUUGUCUUCCAAAGUGAGCCGGUUUUGCAGUCGCUUAAACAGAGGGAGCUCGUUUCUCCGAGGCAGGGUAAAACCAAACACUUGUACUGGAGGGUUGGUUCUUGCUCUUGUAAUUGUGUUUGCGGUGGUGCUAAUGUGCACUGGAGUUGGAUAUAUAUAUGGAGGCAAUGGGGCACAAGAGGCUUACCCGUGGAAAGGUCAUUAUUCUCAAUUCACAUUAUUAACAAUGACCUAUGAAGCUCGCCUCUGGAAUUUGAAAAUGUACGUGAAACAUUACUCAAGGUGCCCCUCUGUGCGUGAGAUUGUUGUUGUGUGGAACAAAGGGAAACCUCCUGUAUCGAGUGACUUUGACUCGGUAGUCCCAGUGAGGAUCAGAAUUGAGGAAAAAAACUCGCUAAACAAUCGAUUUAAGAUGGAUUCAUCAAUAGAAACCCGUGCUGUUCUCGAGCUUGACGAUGAUAUUAUGAUGACAUGUGAUGAUAUCGAGCGAGGCUUCAGGAUAUGGCGUGAGCAUCCUGAUCGAAUUGUUGGCUUCUACCCCCGGCUCAUUGAUGGACCCCGAUUGAAGUAUAGAGGUGAGAAACAUGCUCGCCGUCAUAAUGGCUAUAAUGUGAUCCUAACAGGGGCGGCUUUCAUUGAUAGUCAGGUUGCUUUUAAGAGGUACUGGAGUGAGGAAGCCACGGCAGGGAGGGCAUUGGUGGACAAGUAUUUUAACUGUGAGGAUGUCCUAUUGAACUACUUGUAUGCAAAUGCAAGUUCUUUCAAGACAGUUGAGUACGUAAAACCAGCAUGGGCAAUUGAUACAUCCAAGUUUUCGGGUGUUGCAAUUAGUCGAAACACACGAGCACAUUAUGGGGUUAGAAGCAAUUGUCUUACGAAAUUCUCGGAGAUGUAUGGGAGCCUAUCAAACAGGAAAUCCGAAUUCAAGAGACGGAACGAUGGUUGGGAUGUAUAG